CGGUGAAAUGCUAUUUUGGUUAAAAGAAGAAAUGGCCCCCCAGGAGCUCACCCGGCAACUGGCCACAGUGAUCACUCAUGUCGAUGAAAUUAUGCAACAGGAAAUCAGGCCCCUGGUGGCAGUGGAUAUAAUUGAACAACUUCACAGACAAUUCGCCAUUCUUUCAGGAGGCCGAGGGAAAGACGGAGCCCCUAUCAUCACUUUUCCAGAGUUUGUGGGGUUCAAACACAUUCCAGAUGAGGACUUCUUGAAUGUCGUGACGUACCUGACUAGCAUCCCCAGUGUGGAGGCUGCCAGCAUCGGAUUCGUCAUUGUCAUCGACAGACGAAGGGACAAGUGGAGCUCCGUGAAAGCAUCCUUGACACGAAUAGCUGUAGCAUUUCCAGGAAACUUGCAGCUCAUAUUCAUUCUUCGUCCAUCUUGCUUUAUCCAGAGGACAUUCACUGACAUUGGCAUUAAAUUCUAUCGAAAUGAAUUUAAAAUGAAAGUGCCGAUCGUUAUGUUAAACUCUGUCUCUGACCUUCAUGGCUACAUUGAGAAAAGCCAGUUGACAGAGGACUUAGGGGGAACUUUGAAAUAUCGCCACAGUCAGUGGAUAAAUCAUCGAACUGCCAUCGAAAACUUUGCCAUGACAUUGAAGACCACUGCCCAGAUGCUCCAGGCAUUUGGGGCCUGCCUGGCCACGACAGAGCUGCCCAGAAGUGUGCCAUCUGCUGAAGACCUUCUCAUGUCCCACACAAGACAGCGGGACAAGCUGCAGGAUGAGCUGAAAUUACUUGGAAAGCAAGGGGCCACAUUGCUGUCAUGCAUUCAAGAACCAGCAACCAAAAAUCCCACCAGCAAACUCAAUCCCAAUGAACUGGAGAAUGUAGCUACCAUCAAAAGGUUAUUAGUUCAGUUGGAUGAAACAGAAAAAGCCUUUAGUCAGUUUUGGUCCAAGCAUUACCUGAAGCUUAACCAAUGCCUACAACUACAGCACUUUGAGCACAAUUUUUGUGAGGUUAAACUUGCCCUGGACAAUUUGUUGGCAGAGCAAGCAGAAUUUACAGACAUUGGAGACAGUGUGGUACGCGUAGAGCAACUUCUUAAGGAACGCAAAGAAUUGGAAGGAAAAGGCCAGGAGCCCUUGGAAAAGGCCCAGCUGCUUGCAAUAAUUGGGGACCAGCUCAUCCAAAGCCACCAUUAUGCGGUAGACUCCAUCAGACCUAGGUGUGUGGAGCUCAGGCACCUCUGCGAUGACUUCAUCAAUGAAAACAAGAAAAAAUAUGACGUUUUAGGAAAAUCUUUGGAGUUGCAUAGACAGCUGGACAAGGUCAGCCAGUGGUGUGAAGCAGGAAUCUACCUCUUGGCUUCCCAAGCUGUAGACAAGUGCCAGUCGCGAGAGGGGGUUGACAUUGCCUUAAAUGACAUUGAGGCAUUCCUGGGCACAGAGAAGGAGUACCAGCUGUCCAGCCUCAAAGAGUUUUACAACCAGUUUGAGAUGAUGCUCACCCUUGACAUAAAGGCCAAAGCCCAGAAAGUCCUGCAGAAGCUGGGCGAUGUGCAGGAAAUAUUUCGCAAGAGGCAAAUGAGUCUGAUGAAAUUGGCAGCCAGACAGACUCGCCCAGUGCAACCCGUGGCUCCCCAUCCUGAGUCCUCCCCAAAAUGGGUGUCACCGAAAACCAGCCAGCCCUCUGCCUUGGCUCCUCUUCAGAAAACAUCUGAGGAACCUUAUGCAGAGACAGAUUUGAACUCCCCGGAAAAGGAAAACAACAAGACUAAAUCUGAAGUCAAGAAUGAAGAAAUACUUGAAAGCUGUCAUGAUGGGGAGAACCCUGAGCCAGAACAGCUUGGCAGUCCUGAAGAUCUUUGCCCCAGCAGGCGCAUUAUACGGGACUUGCUUGAGACUGAAGAGAUUUAUAUAAAAGAAAUUAAGAGCAUAAUUGAUGGAUAUAUCAUUCCAAUGGAUUUUAUUUGGCUGAAGCAUCUGAUUCCAGAUAUUCUUCAGAAUAACAAGGACUUUCUUUUUGGGAAUAUUAGAGAACUUUAUGAAUUUCACAACAGGACUUUUCUAAAAGAAUUGGAAAAGUGCACUGAAAACCCUGAACUUCUGGCACGUUGCUUUCUCAAGAGAAAAGAAGAUCUUCAAAUAUAUUUCAAAUAUCAUAAGAAUCUGCCCCGAGCUAAGGCAAUCUGGCAAGAAUGUCAAGACUGCGCCUACUUUGGGGUCUGCCAGCGCCAACUGGAUCACAAUCUCCCUCUUUUCAAGUAUCUUAAAGGACCAAGCCAGAGACUUAUAAAAUACCAGACACUGUUGAAGGGUCUGCUGGAUUUUGAGUCCCCUAAGGAUUUGGAGAUACACCCAGGUGACCUAGAAGGAGGUUCAGCUAAGAAUGGGUCAAGGAAGACCAAGGAUUCAGCAUUCUUAGCCGAACUGCAACAAGCUUUGGCCAUGAUGGAGGAUUUGAUCAAGUCCUGUGAGUUGGCUGUGGACCUGGCAGCAAUCACUGGAUGUCCGGAUGACAUUGGAAAACUGGGCAAGUUGUUGAUGAAUGACUCCUUCAACGUCUGGACAGCUCACAAGGAUGGUUAUAAGAUGAAGGAUUUUAUUCGAUUUAAGCCCAGCCGGAGGCAAAUCUAUCUAUUUGAAAGGGGAAUAGUGUUCUGUAAGAUACGAAUGGAGCCCAGUGACCAGGGCCUGUCUCCUCAUUACAGCUUUAAGAAGUCUAUGAAGUUGCUGACACUUUCAAUUCGCCAGCUUGGAAGGGGGAGCAACAGAAAGUUUGAAAUUGCCAACCGAAAUGGACUUGAGAAAUACGUGCUGCAGGCAGCUUCAAAAGAAAUCAGAGAUUGUUGGUUUUCAGAAAUAAGUAAAUUAUUGAUGGAACAACAAAACAAUACUAAAGAUGUUUAUGAAGAUGAAGACAGUGGCAGACAAAUCUCUCCCAAACGUAACCUCUGCCUCUAGAUGACCCUGACAUAAUGCAGUCAACCCGCCAAACAAGUGAGAGCCCCUCUGUGCCAGCCCUCUGCGGGGCUCAAGUCCCGCCCGCCCCUGGAGGGCCCACAGGAGAGGCGAGCAGCCGCCAGCACCAGGUCAUCGAUUUACCCCUGGUGCCACCUACCCUGCGGAGAGGCUGGACCUUGGUGUCAGGUCUUUCAGUUCCCGCGUUGCCUCCAGCCCUGCCCACCCCAGGCUGGGGGUGUCCUGCGGCUGACGGAGGCCUCAGCCCGGCCCCAUCCCCAGCCUCCCCGCGGUGGCUCUGGGGUCCUCAGCACCCGGCAUUGUCUGGGGCGCUGAGGCCACGGACCCUGGAGACGCAGAGGGUGGUUAGGGCACUGCUUGUCCGUUCCUCCCUCACAGCCUCUCAGCGGGACCGCCACUCCUCCAUCCUCACUGUCCCUCCUGGUGUCAGGGGCCGGGGUUGAAUGACCACCCGAAAGUGGCGUCUCUGGGGGUUACUGCAGAUGCCCGGAGUCACAUCCGGAGGGGGGCGGUGGGAGGCACCUCCCUGAGCCAGUUUCUCCUCUGCCAUCCCCGCCUCACCCCUACCACGUCCUGGGACCAGGGAUUAAACCAGGCUUUGCUUCAAUCCGACAGGACUGUGUCCCUCCAUCUGGAAACGCCCCUCUCCCCACCUCCCACCCACUCCCACUUCUACUCCCCAGACCCACCCCCGCCCUGUGUAAGGCAGGCUUCUGGAUGCCAGGGAGCUGCCUGGCUGCUCCCUGUGUUGGUCAAACAAGGCCCACUGACCUGCUCUGGGGAGGGCUCCGGGCCCCGGAACGCAGCUUGGGGGGCCUGUGGGCAGCAGGUGGGGGCUUCCACUUGCUUGCCUCCUGCUCGCCUAGAUAACUGUGCCCCCACCCCACCCGCAACUGCAGGCUCCUCCACUCCCUCUCCUUGGCCAUUCCUCUGCCCAGAAUGCCCUCCCUCCCCACCCCUGCCCGCCUUCAAGGCCUCGCCCCAACCCCCUCCCCCUGAAUUCUCCCCCAACAGAAACUCUGCACUCAGAUUCCUGUAGGAUCCGAUUACUCAGCUGACCCUCAGCCUGGGGCUGCCUCUCUUCAGGAUCUUUCUGCAGAUGCUGCCUCCCUAACCUGACUUCUGGGCAGUGUAGGGGCAGAGACCACGUUUUAUUUACGGGUGGAGGAAAGAGCAGGAAUGUUGUAGAAUCCAGCCGCAGUGCUUACAGGCCAAGGGAACUUGGCCAAGUGAUUAUUUCCCUCUCAUCUCAGUUUCUCAUCUGUGAAAUGGGGCUAAGGCCCUUGCAGGGUUGUGUGAGACAACUUUUGACAAAGGCUGACAUCCCGGCAGGCACAGAGCGCGCGCAGUACUGUGGGGGAUGCUGUUCCGCACAGUUGAACAGUCCCCAGCAUGUAACUGGUGCACAGUCGCGUGACUGGUUAAUCAAGUCACUGGAGAGAGAGGCAGGAUGUGCUCCUCCCUCUGAUUUUCCCGUGGGGAGAGCAGUGACAUUUGGCAGAGCCUGCAAGGAGAUGGGAAAUGGGCAGUAAUCAGCGGAGAGGAACGGAGGCAAGGACGAGAGGAGGGCG